CAGCCGUUUCAGUCCCGGACACAACGCUCCACGGUACGGUUGAGAUUUUCUGUUCAGUUCCGCCCUCUACGCGAGUAUGUUUUUUGCCAAGAAAAAGUGAAUUUUUCAAGUUUUUCUUAAUUGCCAGAAAGCAGUGGAUAGGAAGUGACAGAUCCCUAGCAGGGCUGGUGGUCCAGAUUUGAUUUCCUGGAUUGUGUUCGGCUGUGAAAAGGAGAGCCUUGUCCGCAUAACAAUACAAAAGGAAAAUUCACCAUUCCGCGAGUGUGAACGUUGAGGAGAAAAUUGGAAGCACCGCAACCGGGAGUAAAUUAUCCAUAGAUUCGUUUUUCUUUGUGCCGUCUUCUAUCGAUGCUAUUGACUAGUCACAUCUGGUGUGAUCCAUUGAAAAUCAGCAGGUGGCAAUAUUGUGCGGAAAACGUGUGAAAAAUUAGUGACAACUGUGUUGACAGGAAAGAAGCUUAUUUCGUGAAGAGUAUUUCAGUGGAUAAGCAGUUUCCAGCAGUAAACAUCAAUCAUAAAACUACCAAACAAUUACAAAUUGUGGACUAACCUACAUGGGACUUACCAGAAGGACAGAAAUUAGCCAGAAUACGUACGACUCAUGCUCCAGAGAUAUCCAUGAGCAGCACGUGUGCCCCGAAGAACAUCAAGAGCGUAAACCGGUUGGGCCCCCUGAUUCGAUGCAACAGCGGCUCCCCUUGCGACCGGAACGACCCAGGCACUAGUGUUAGCACGUAUGUUUGGUAGUAGUGACAGGGAGCUAGUGACUGCCACCCAAACCAAACCAAACAGCUGCUGCUGCUGCUGCUGCGCGAGAGUGAGCAAGUGAGCCAACUGACAGCCGAGGCAGCAUAGCACACUCGCGCGUAUCGAAAACCGUCGAGGGUUUUUGCUUCAGCCAACAGUCAGCCUCAAGCCGUCAAUCGGAGUUGUUGCACAGCUGAUCUGUUCCGAAGCGCUCGUGAUACGCGGCUACGCGAUAACCGAUCGUGACUAGCGGGUUCAACAAAGUGGUAAUCACGACAAGCGGUCGAAACUUGACUAAAACAAGCAAAUUUGAUUUGAUCGCGCGCGAGUGUUCUGAAUUUCAGACUUGCAGUUUUGUUUUGUUUCGCCUGUGUUCUCAUCGCACCAGAAGAAAACAAGUCAAUCAAUUAACUUCUGCUGUAGCUAGAUUAAGGUAAAAGCAGAACGAAAAGUGCAAAAGUUCCGGUGUAAAAUUGAUCCAAAAAAUUAUUCCAGAGUGUAGCCAAAUAGAAGUGAAUAAAAAGAGAAAAAAAGAGUAUAAAGCCUAAAAGCACCGUUGCUAAUGCUAAUGUGAAAGACUGAGAAAGCGAUCAAUAAUUGCAUCUAGAGUAAAUCAAAUCCUCCCUGCUCUCUAUUUCUCAAGCCUGUAUGUGCAAUCAAAAAAGUGUUUGAUAAGUAGCAAAUUAUUUUUGUUCGGUGUAAGCAAGUAAAUAUUACUGCUUGCUUGGAGUUUGCUGUGGGAAGCGAAAAAAAAUAUACAAAUAAAAGAGGGUCGAGUGUAACCUUAGUAGGUGGAAUCGCAUCGGAGUGGGUUAGGCAAGAAGUUUUUGCCCCUUCACAAGUAAAAAAAGAAUAGAAGAUAAGAAAUUUACACACAACACACUGCAAGAAGAAAUUAAAUGUGCUCAAUUUGCUGCGUGAUUUGUGGCGUUACUUCAACCAAAUACUGUUGCUUCCCGUAGACAUUACAAGCUAAUCACUAGUAACUAGCUAGCUAGCGCUAUACUACGGCACAACCUACAGAAAAGCGAGAAAAAAACAGAAUAAGAAGCAGUUUUACUUAGGUUUAAGCUGCACCUUAGCCAGUUAGUAAACCUGCACGCCAUCGCUGCAAAACUGCAAUCAUGUUGGAUCGUGGACCAGUACAGUUAGAUAACGACAAGUGUCGUCGCGAACGGGAUCCACAUUUGACCGGAUCACGCCUGGAUCUCGCCAGUUUAUGCGGACCACGGAACGCGUCUCGAUCCGGCAGAACCAAUAUGGUCGAUUCACACGGAAAUGCGCUGCCCCCGCUCAGUCCGUCUAGCAACAAUAAUUCGUCCUCAUCGACAGCGGCCAGCGACAUCGACCAGAAGCCAGUUCCGCUGACCCCAACCGAGGCACUCAAGUACCAUGGAACCGGACUGACGGACUAUGAGAAGCAGGAAAUUGAAAAGUAUCCGGAAGUGUACUAUCUGGGUCUCGAUGCCUGCAAGAUUAACGCCAAACCGGGCACCGCACUUAACUCGGGGUUUGACGAUGACAAUGGCAGCUACAAUAAGGUGAUCCACGACCACAUCUGCUACCGGUACGAGAUUCUCGAGGUCAUCGGAAAAGGUAGUUUCGGUCAGGUGAUUCGGGCGCUGGAUCAUAAAACCAAUAAGCAUGUCGCAAUCAAAAUUAUCCGCAACAAGAAGCGCUUCCACCAUCAAGCCCUCGUCGAAGUUCGGAUACUAGACGAACUGCGGAAGAAGGACGUGGAUGGGUCGUACAACGUGAUACACAUGCUGGAUUAUUUCUACUUCCGCAAUCAUCUGUGCAUCAGUUUUGAGCUGAUGAGUCUGAACCUGUACGAGCUCAUCAAGAAGAACAACUACCAAGGAUUCAGCCUGAGUCUCAUCCGGCGGUUUUGCAAUUCGAUAGUCAAAUGUCUUCGGUUGCUGUACCAGGAGAACAUCAUUCACUGUGAUCUAAAGCCCGAAAACGUUCUGCUCAAACAACGAGGCAGCAGUUUGAUCAAGGUCAUCGAUUUCGGAAGCUCGUGCUACUCACACCGGAAAGUCUACACCUACAUUCAGUCCCGCUUCUACCGGUCGCCGGAAGUUAUACUGGGACUGUCGUACGGAACGCCAAUUGACAUGUGGAGCUUAGGUUGUAUACUGGCAGAACUGUACACCGGAUAUCCGCUGUUCCCCGGGGAGAACGAAGUGGAGCAAUUAGCGUGUAUUAUGGAAGUUCUGGGCAUUCCUCCCGAUGAUCUCAUCAAUACUGCCACCAGGAGGAGAUUAUUUUUUGAUUCCAGAGGCAUCCCACGGUGUAUAACGAAUUCCAAGGGACGCAAGCGGAAGCCGGCAUCGAAAACCAUUUCCCAAGCGCUCCGCUGCAACGAUACCGUAUUCAUCGAUUUCGUCAGCAAAUGCCUAGAGUGGGAUCCAAAGAAACGCAUGACACCGGAGGAGGCAGCUCGCCACGAAUGGCUUCAGCCCAGCGCCUCAUCUACGUACGUCUCUUCGAAAUCGAAAGAAAACAGUGAUCAUAAUCAGCUCAGCUUUAUGCAGAAAUUGCAACGAUCUCAGCCAAUGACACCAAAUACGAUUCUUCCGGAGAUUAAAACUCCAUCCACCCGCCAGCGCUACGUAAAGGAACGGGUUAAAGCAACAGAUCUCGAAUCAGCACAACAGCAAUACUCGUUACAUCGAUUGUACCACGCCCGCAAGACAACGUUGAAUGCAUCCAACAACAACAACAACAAUCACUCCAGUAGUACCAACAUUAGCAACCAUAACAACAACAACAACAACAACAACAACAUCAACAACAACAACAACAUGGGCAUGCAUCAUAGCGGCAGCAGUCAGACAAUAAACUCCAGUAGCAGCAAGUACUCCUCGAAUCAUCACGUGGCUGGUGGAGGCGGUGGUGGCAGUGGUCACUACCAUCAUCACGGAGGAAUGCCGCACUCCCAAAGCACCGGGGAUGUGUCCGCCAUUUUCGGACGUGCAUGACAUGGUACUCUCAGUAAGGUCAGGGACACCAGCAGCAAAAUGACCGGCAUGGUCUAGACGAACCCAAUUUCUUCCUCCAAAAACAAAACAAACAAAAAAAAUACCCGUACCGUACCUUACGUUGACACGACUGUAGGAUAGAGGCCUACUAGGUUCAGGUCGUACCUAAUUGUGAAUAGUUUUGUAGUGAUGUGUAUAGUGUAUGGCGAAACGCGCGAAUCUAGAUGAGGUAGAACGAUAGGAAUUAAUCGCUAAUCAGUAUCCGUAAUCCUCAGAGAGUUAUUAUCCUUCCACUGCCUUCCUCCCAAAUAGUGGACCCGACUGUUUGCCAUUCAGUUUAGGAUCAUCCGAAGUAGACCCGUAGAAAACGUAUGACAAAGAAGGGGAUGUGCAAAUCUGUUUUCCAUAAGAAUCUCCUCAUUUCAGUUAGGUUUUCUUAACAAUUUUGUUGCUGCCAAAAGAGAGAGAGAGAGAGAGAGAGAGAGAGAGAGAGAGAGAGAUGCUAAACAUUUGUUCAAAAACGGCUUAGUUGUUGAUUUACUUCAAAUUUUCAUUCCAAUUUGAUUCUUCAAGUUUCUAAAAUCUAUGCAAGCAAAUGUGAAAUAGGGAAAUAAUUCAUGAUGAAUCAUACAGUAUUAGAACAUUACAGUUUUCUGAGGUAAAACCAAGCAGAGGACAAACACACACACACAAACAAAUCUUUGAUCAAUGUUCCAAAUCGACGGACAAACAACGGAAGUAGGCUGCAUUCGAAUAAAAAACAAAUGGAGACGGAAUGAUCGUGAUAUCUUGAAAUUUAUUUUUCAUUUUGAGAUAGCAACUAUCGCUUCCCCCCCAGUUGACCCCUGAUGCUAGAAUUACGUAAGCAAAAAAUAAAUCAACAGACCAAUUGAGACAGUGUUGUAGAUUAGAAAACCUAAAUUGACUAGCAUUCGGAUCACAUCAGAACGGAAAUCAAGGACCGGAAUGAAAUUUCGUGACGAACAGUGUUGCAAAUGCAUCAAAGUACGACUGACUUUUAAUAACGUAGAUUAAAAAUGUAUAGCCGAUAAUCGUAAUUUAUUGUUUAGUGACAGCCAGAAUGCAAAUAGCAGCCCUGAACAGAAAUAGGAUCAGUUCUAAUGCCAGAUUCAAACAGAUAAAUAUAUUUAACCUAAUAAUUCAGGCGUCGAAGUAAGUGAUUUCUAGUGAGUAGUGAAAAUGUUUCAUUUAUGUAAUGUUAUGACAAAUCAUCUUCAAAAUAAAGUAAUACGUUUGAAAUUGCUUGCAAACCGAAAAACAAAAACAAACAUUCAAAAUAAGCGCUGAUCUAUAAAGUUACUGGCUUCGAUUGAGAACUUUUUCAAUGUUAAGUAAGUUAAAGGCACCGCUAAAUUUCUAGAACAAGCAAAUGUCGAAGCUCUUCUUUCAGACACCACUAUGAUUGAUGCGGAAACGCAGAAUUACUCUUAAACGAAGUGAAAUAUAUGACUAUACAUAUACUUAUAUAUGGGAACAUUAUUUUAUGUACAUUCUUGUCAAAACCGCAAUAUCGGAAAUAUAAAGAUUCAAUUCAA